UGAUGGUUGUUGACUCUUCACAGUUGCACAGUUGGUACAAAGACAAGAUGGCUAGCCGCUAUAGGAGCCACCAAAUGCGCAGUAACUACGGUCGCAGUAGCUAAAAAACUUUUGUUUUGAUAACAUUAUCAGGCAAGUAGAUGAGGAAAAAAGCGCGACCGUAAUUGUUUGAAAAAUUCGCCCUUGCAAAAGCUGGAAAAUCGAAAAUGUCGGAGCAUGCGAUUCCCAUUGAUAUUCUCGAUGACUUGAGCAGCCGAUUCAUCAUCAAUAUUCCGGAGGAAGAAAGGAAGGAUCAUAUCAGAAUAUGCUUCCAAAUUGAGCUGGCUCAUUGGUUUUAUUUAGAUUUUUACUGCACCGAGGAGAACCCCAAGUUGAAAUCAUGCGGCAUGAAGGAGUUUACCAAUCACAUCUUCAAGCAUAUACCCUUCUUGAAACCACACGUACCGCGAGUCGAUGCCAUUCUGGAGCAGUGGCGAGAAUACAAACAGAAUGUGCCUACGUUUGGUGCCAUUGUCUUAAACGAGGACUUAACAAAAGUGCUGCUUGUACAGAGUUACUUUGCUAAGAGCAGUUGGGGCUUUCCAAAAGGAAAGAUCAACGAGGACGAGGAACCUUCCAAUUGUGCUGUUAGAGAAGUUUUAGAAGAGACUGGUUUCGAUAUUUCUAACUUAAUUGACAAGAACGAGUAUAUCGAAUCUGUUAUCAAUGAUCAACUUGUUAGAUUGUAUAUAAUAUCUGGUGUACAGAAGAAUACUAAAUUUCAACCAAAGACAAGAAAAGAGAUUAAAAAUGUUGAAUGGUUUGACCUGGAAAAUCUGCCUAAUAAUAAGAAGGACAUGACACCAAAGGUUAAAAUUGGUGUUGGACCAAAUGCAUUUUUCAUGGUUGUUCCAUUCGUGAAACGGAUGAAAAGAUGGGUCCAAGAAAGACAGCAGAAAGAGAAAAGUGCAUUCGCAUCACAAGCAAGGAGACAUCGUCACAAAUCUGCUGGUGAUGAUACCAAUUCUAAAAAUAAAAAACAAGCAGUCAGAAAUGAAAUAACGGAGCUGAAGUAUCAACGGCAAGCCAAUACCUCUCCAAUACCCAAUAAGCCGCGAGUACACGAAUACAACAAUAAAAAUACGUCUUCCAAGGGGGCAUUUAAACGUAAUUUGUUUGGGGAACCAACUGGCGAUCAAUCUCCAGCUCUGGCCAAACAAUUGACAGAAAGUCCACUAAAAGUGAAUAAAUCCAACCCAUCAAAGGAAUCUACAAAUCAAACAGUCAAGCGAUCUGAUAAUGGAAAUAACAAAACAUCGACAGGUGGCAAAGAAAAGAAGGAGAAUAACGGAAAAUCUGGUAAUGGAAAAGCUGCAAGAAAGAAUGACAAAUCAACCCCUCAAUCUGUAACGCAAACGAUCAAUGAUAGAUUUUCAGCAUUUGAUUUCAAAACUCAAAUUUGGAUGAAUUUCAAAUUUGACAGAAAGUCCAUACUCAAUUGCCUUUAAGUUUUAAAAAAGUAGUUGAGAAGUGAAAGCAAUGCUGUGAUCUCAUUAAUCUAUCAUAUGAUAAUAAGUUAAUUUUAUCACUGCCAAAAUAGUUUUACAAAAUAUUUAAGGAUCGCUUUAACUUAACUUCUUGAAGUGUAGCAGUGAAGCGUUUUUGAUAAUUGAAGAAAUGACUAUGAGGUAGAAUACAACAGACGAAUUCAUGGAUGAUUAAUUUGAAUCAUCAAAUCAAUUGGAUUAAGCAAUAAAUAUUUGGCAUUUCUUGUAGAUUCAAAUGUAAUAAGUAGUAGUUAUUUACAAUGUUAUCAGUAUUAGAGCAACAUGAUCUAUGUAGUCGCAAAACAAAUUCACUUAAUAUAAAAGUUUUAUUGAGUUUUCCAAAUUUGUAGUUGUACUUAAUUAGUGAUUGCAAAAUAUUUAUAAUUGUAAAUUGAUGAUACAAAAUAUUGUAAUCACAAGUCAGACUUGUCCUUUAUUUAUUAUUUUUUGUUCAACAUUGUGGCAAAAAUGCCCGACUCGAUUGUUUGCACAGAUCGCGGUAUUUCUUAAUACUAAGAUACUCUUUAUAUAUUACAUUUUUGAUCAUAAAAUGUGCUUCGGAAUAAGUUA